GAUAUAUGAUCUUAGCAUAGCAGGAGCAUAUGAUAUAUGAUCUUAGCAUAGCAGGUGCAUAUGAUAUAUGAGCUGAGUAUAGCGAUACCAGGGGCACAUUGAAGAGACAGGGAUGCGUAUGGCAGUGUGUGACUAUUGUUAGUUGGGUUAGUCGCGUGCGAUUGAGUUAGUAGUCGAUAUGCCUAGUGGGCUUGGUGACAGGGUUCUUCGCAGCAGCUCACUGUUGUCAUAGUAACAGAUGGUGACGUGCAGCCACCCAACUCUCGAGUAACCAACUCAUAGCUGUUGAGACCACCGCACAACUGCAGCCAUACACACAACAACAACACACAACUACACACAACUACACAACCAACAAAAGCCAGUGCCAUCUGUACACGUGCUCAUAUAGCCCCCCCUCCCCUCCCCCGCACACGCUACCUUGGCCCAUCAUCACAUAGACACUAUGCCGAGCAACGCUCACAUGCAGCUGCUUGACCGCAUCUUGCAGUCCAUUAACACCGGUCGCAUGCAUGGCUCAGGUGGGCCUAGGGGACACUUCGACGCCCCAUCAGACGCACAAGCACACGCACACGCACAAACACAGACACAGACACCGACACAGACACCCCCACAGCCAGAGGGGUGUUUCUGCGAACCACCACCCGGGCUACACCCGAGUGAGCGCAAACCCAAAACUCGCCUGCAGUUCCAUAUCCCCAUGUUUGUAUGGAACUGGCCGGUGCUUCGAGCUGUGCCGCGGCUGUUGACUCAUAUGUUGGGUCCGUUUGUGCUGCCGUUCAUGUCGGCGGGUGUGGUUGUGUGGGCCAGGCGGCUGACAAAGCGACUGAUAGGCGACGCUCCAGCGACUGCUGCUAAUGUCGUGCAUGAAGCGUAUGUCCCGUCUAGUGCGUCUGGCAGCUUUCUUGGGUUGGUGGCGCUUGCAGGUGCGUGCGUUGCCAUGGCAAUGCUCAUCUUCAGAGACGAAGUCAUGUGGCGAUCGUUUGGGCGUGGCACCAACCAUGUGCAACCAGGAUUCUACUACAGCAACACCCCCCGCAAUAACCGCAUAGCUGCAGGGGUAGACGAACACUACAACCCUACAUGGUGGCUGUUCACAGGGACGCAUGCGACGCUGUAUCCGUUUCUCACGUACACAAUUGAGGAAGUUCGGUACAAGCGCAUGUGGGUGUGGAAUCCAGUGGAUGGGGAGAAGGUGGGCCUAGACAUAGCGUUUCCCAGUGACAAGGGUUUUCAGCCGGAUAGGCCUGUGCUGCUGGUGCUGCAUGGACUGAAUGGCGGCAGUAAGGAGCUCUAUUGUAUGGACCUGGUCAAGCGCGCGUGUGCUCAGGGGUACACGUGUGUAGUGAUGAUUGCGCGAGGGCUUAUGCAGACACCACUGACUUCAGCCAAUCUGUUCAACGGCACACGCACAAGUGACUUACGUGCGACGAUAGUGGCGCUCAAGGAUGUGCUUCCCAGCGACACGAAGAUGGUGGGGUGUGGCUUCUCCAUGGGAGCCAUCAUUCUCAACAAUUACCUCACGCGAUGUGGCGACGAUGCUGGGCUGGAGGCUGCUGUUUCAUUGUCGGGUGGAUUUGACUCGGUUAAGAACUCUCUGUACGACGCCUCGCGAAAGGUGUGGCAGCCGUUUCUCGUGUAUGCGCUCAAGAAAAACUUCAUCACUGAGAACCUCGACCACCCUGGCUUCCAGGAAAUUGACCUGCAUAGGGCACACAGAGCCAGAGAUGUGAUUGAGUUUGACACAGCGCUGUCAGCUCCCUUGGCGGGAUUCCCUACACUGGAAGACUACUACCGCGAAAUGAGCGGUAACUAUGACGACCGCAUGGACCAAAUAAGGAUACCCCUGUUGGCGCUGCACGCCGUCGACGACCCUAUCGUCGACGUCGAUUCCAUUCCGCUGGCGCACACAGCCACUAAUGCCAAUCUGUUCUUUCUGGUGACGAUGAAUGGCGGUCAUGUGGGAUGGCCCACUGGCGUACGCCCCAACCAGUCGCAGUUUGGGUUCAUGUCCAAUGUGGUGCUGUCGUUCUGCCACUCGGCGUUAACGUGUGCGCACGGCUGAGCGAGUGGCCUGCGGAUGAAUUAGUUACCUCUGAAAGCGUUUAGCAGCUCGUCACUACUUGUGUGCAAAGGGAUUGAAAGUGUUGGGCAGCUAAGACAUUCAAAGCGCCGCCAAAACGAAUGAGAUCACUCUGACAGUCAUUUGAUAGGCAGUCACGAAUAGAGGUG